CAUUUAAAGUAAAACAAAUGCAGAAGUGAGAAGUUAAGGGCGAUAAAUAAAACAAGAGGUGAAUCAGAGAGACAGGACUGGCACUAGAAAGUGUGUCCACUUGCAAUCAUGGCUCCUUGGACCAAAACCACCACGGAGCGGUUUGGUGUGGUGAAGUGGAAUUUUCCUGGCCAAGGAGAAAAGCAACUUUCCCUGGAGAUAGGAGAUAUGGUCCACAUCCUGGAGACCUGUGAAGGAUGGUACAAAGGAUACUUGGUGCGGAACAGAGCCCAAUGGGGAGUGUUCCCUGCCAGUUUUGUCCAUCUUAAGGAGGUCAACAUUGAAAUUCGAGAUGAUAUGCAAGUGGUGACGCUUGCAGAGAUGCCCCUGGUGAAGGAGGUGACCACCACACUGAGAGAGUGGGGAAGCAUAUGGAAGCAGCUUUUUGUGGCCAAUAAACAGAUGCGCGUGAAGCAGGUAAAGAGGCUCAUGUGGGAACUGAUGGAGUGGCGUUCUCAGCUCUUGUCUGGCACCCUGCCUAGUGACGAAUUCAAGGAGCUUAAGCAGAAAGUGACGUCCAAGAUUGAUUAUGGCAACAAGAUCCUUGAGCUGGACCAGGUUGUCCGAGACGAGGAUGGGAACAUCUUGGACCCAGAGCAAGCCAGCGUCAUCAGUCUCUUUCGGGCUCAUGAGGAGGCCACAGCCAAGAUCAAUGAGCGCAUUAAAGAGGAGCAGUCCAACAUCCAGCCAGACCACAGCGGGAUCUCAGCACGGAUCCAGUCUUCCCCCACCCACAGCCUCUACGUCUUUGUCAGGAACUUUGUCUGUCGCAUCGGCGAGGACUCUGAGCUCUUCAUGUCCCUCUACGACCCCAUGAAACAGACCAUCAUCAGUGAGAACUACUUGGUACGCUGGGGCAGCAAAGGCUUCCCCAAGGAGAUUGACAUGCUCAACAACCUGAAAGUCGUCUUUACAGACCUGGGGAACAAGGACCUGAGCAGAGAGAAGAUUUAUCUAAUCUGUCAAAUAGUGAGGGUGGGCAGGAUGGACCUGAAAGAAGUAAACAACAAGAAGUGCACCGUUGGUCUGAGGCGGCCCUUUGGAGUGGCAGUGAUGGACAUCAGCGAUAUCAUCAAAGGGAAGGUUGAAUGCGACGAAGAGAAGCAGUACUUCAUCCCCUUCUUCCCGGUAGUAGCUGAGAACGACUUCCUCCACACCUUGCUGAACAAAGUGACAGCGUCACGAGGAGACAGCGGUGGCCAAGGUCUGUGGGUCACCAUGAAGGCUCUGGUCGGGGACGUCGUUCAGAUCCGGAAAGAAUAUCCUCACCUGGUGGACCGCAGCACCGUGGUGGCUCGCAAGCUGGGCUUCCCAGAAAUCAUAAUGCCCGGAGAUGUUCGCAAUGACAUCUACCUCACCUUGCAGGGCGGCGACUUCGACAAAUACAACAAGACAACGCAGAAAAACGUGGAGGUCAUCAUGUUGGUCUGCGACGAGGAGGGCAAAGUCAUACAGAACUCCAUCUGUCUGGGAGCAGGGGAUAAGGCGGUCAGUGAGUACAGGUCCGUCAUCUACUACCAGAUCAAACAGCCCCGCUGGAUGGAGACGUUUAAGGUGGCGGUCCCUCUGGAGGAAAUGCACAAGAUUCAUUUACGCUUCAUGUUCAGACACCGCUCCUCCCAAGAGUCUAAGGACAAGAGCGAGAAGAACUUCGCUAUGGCCUUUGUGCGCCUCAUGAAGGAUGAUGGGACGGUUCUGCAGGAUGGACUGCAUGACCUCAUAGUCUUCAAGGGUGACAGCAAGCGCAUGGAAGACGUGAACUCCUACUUGCCUCUGCCCUCGACCCGCCACCAGCACGGCGACACCCACAAGGGGUCAGGGUUGAGCCGCAGCUCCAGCAGCGUGUCCGGGGGUGGGGGCCUGUCGGUCAGCUCCAGGGACAGCUUCACCAUCUCCACUCUGGUGUGCUCCACCAAACUCACCCAGAAUGUGGGCCUCCUGGGCCUCCUCAAGUGGAGGACUCGACCUGAACUCCUCAAAGAAAACCUGGAGAAUCUCAAAAUGAUUGAUGGAGAGGAGGUGGUCAAGUUCCUGCAGGACACGCUGGAUGCCUUGUUCAACAUCAUGAUGGAGCACUCUCAGACUGACGACUAUGACAUCCUCGUGUUCGAUGCCUUGAUAUACAUCAUAGGCCUGAUCGCAGACAGAAAGUUCCAGCACUUCAACACUGUGCUGGAGGCGUACAUCAAGCAGCAUUUCAGCGCUACGUUGGCUUACAAGAAGCUGAUGUCGGUGUUGAAGAGAUAUCUGGAUGUGUCCAGUCGAGGAGAACAAUGUGAGCCCAUCCUCCGAACCCUCAAAGCCCUCGAGUACAUCUUCAAGUUCAUCGUCCGUUCCCGCAUGCUUUACUCCCAGCUGUACGAGGGGAAGGAGCAGGCGGAGUUUGAGGAGUCACUCAGGAGGCUUUUUGAGUCCAUCAACAACUUAAUGAGGACAGACUACACCACCACACUGUUGCUCCGGGUCGCAGCUCUGAAGUACCUGCCAACAGUCUUGCAUGAUGUUGAGAAAGUAUUUGAUGCCAAACUCCUCAGUCAGCUGCUGCAUGACUUUUAUUCCUGCAUCCCCCCUGAGAAACUCCAGAAACAGAAGGUGGCAUCUAUGACUGAAAUUGUCAGCAGCCAACUCUUCAAGAGACAAGAGUGCCGUGAUGUGCUGUUGCCCAUGAUGUUGCGGGAGUUGCGCGUGGCGCUGGAAACCAUGGCUGAUGGGCCCCAUGACGAGAGGAGAAAUAGCUUGGAGCUCCUCAACAAUAUUCUGGAGGUCCUGAGCAGGAACAAUGUGGGCGAAACGUUUCAACACAUCCAAGACAUUGUGGUGUCUCUGCUGGUGAUCAUCAACCGCACGGUCAUCACGAUGGGCCGAGAGCACGCUCUGAUUUCUCGCGUUGUGGCCUGCAUGACAGCCAUCCUCAGUCAGAUGCAUGAUCGCCACUAUGUUCGGUACAUAGAAACCUUCACCAACCGGGAUCUCGUCGACUUCCUGAUGGAGUCCUUCCUACUUUUCAAGGACCUGAUUGGGAAACAUGUGUAUCCCUCUGACUGGAUGGCUAUGAUCAUGGUACAGAACAGGGUGUUCCUAAGAGCCAUCAAUACAUACGCUCACACAAUGAACCAAAAGUUCCUCAACAACGAUGACUUUGAAGUACAGUUGUGGAAUAACUACUUCCACUUGGCGGUGGCUUUUAUUACCCAGGAGUCUCUGCAGCUUCAGCAUUUCUCACCAACCAAGAGGAGCAAGAUUCUGGCCAAAUAUGGAGAUAUGAGAAGUCUCAUUGGCUUUGCUAUACGUGACAUCUGGUACAGACUAGGCAGCCAUAAGAUCUUUUUCAUCCCUGGCAUGGUGGGUCCCAUCCUGGAGAUGACAUUGAUCCCUGAGGAGGAGCUGAGGAGGGCCACUAUUCCUAUCUUCUUUGACAUGAUCUCCUGUGAACACGCCCAGUUUGGAAACUUCCACAAGUUUGAGAAUGAGAUCAUCCUGAAGCUGGAUCACGAGGUGGAGGGCGGAGGAGGAGAUGAGCAAUACAUGCAGCUGCUGGAGACCAUCUUGCUGGACUGUGCUGCAGAGAAACCCACUCUGAGGCCACAGGUGCAGCACUUUGUCUCCUUAGUGAAGGGACUCCUCAUCCGUCUCCUUGACUACCGCACCGUGAUGAGCGAUGACAGCCGCAACAACCGCAUGAGCUGCACUGUAAAUCUCCUGAACUUUUACAAGGACAUCAAUCGUGAGGGGAUGUACAUCAGAUACCUUUACAAGCUGAGAGACCUUCACCUGGAGGGUGAAAACUACACGGAGGCAGCCUACACGCUGCUGCUGCACUCUCGUUUGCUCAAGUGGUCGGAUGACAUGUGUAGCCCCCAGUUCGAGUUCCACGGCUCCCAAACCCAGCGGCAGCUCAAAGAGACACUCUACGACACCAUCAUCGACUACUUCGACAAGGGCAAGAUGUGGGAAGAGGCCAUCACGCUGUGUAAGGAACUGGCAGAACAGUACGAGAACGAGAUCUUUGACUACGAGUUACUCAGCAAGAGACUGGAGAAACAAGCCAAGUUCUACGAGAAUAUUAUGAAGAUCCUGAGGCCGAAACCAGACUACUUCGCAGUGGGCUACUAUGGACAGGGCUACCCUCCGUUCCUCAGGAACAAGGUGUUUAUCCACCGUGGAAAGGAGUAUGAGCGCAGAGAGGAUUUCCAGAACCAGCUGAUGAGCCAGUUCCCCAGCUCUGUGCGCCUCAACACGACCACCAUGCCAGGAGACGAUAUCAUGAGCUCUCCACUUCAGUAUAUCCAGUGUUUUACAGUGCAGCCAGUCCUCGAGAUCCCUCCUCGCCUGAAGAACAAACCUGUUCCGGACCAGAUCAUCAACUUUUACAAGUCCAACUACGUGCAGCGUUUUCACUAUUCCAGACCUGUGAGGAAAGGACCUGUGGACCCCAACAACGAGUUUGCUUCCAUGUGGAUUGAACGUACAACCUUCACCACUGUGUAUAAGCUGCCCGGGAUCCUGCGCUGGUUUGAGGCGACUGACAUGAAACAUACUACCCUGUCUCCACUGGAGAAUGCCAUAGAGACCAUGGAGUCCACAAAUGACAAGAUUCUCACCAUGAUUAACCAGUACCAAGCCGACUGGAGCCUUCCCAUCAACCCCCUCUCAAUGCUGCUCAACGGCAUCGUGGACCCGGCUGUUAUGGGCGGCUUUGCCAAGUAUGAAAAGGCGUUCUUUACUGACGAGUACACUCAGCAGCACCCGGACGACAGAGACAAACUCAUGCGGCUCAAGGACCUCAUCGCAUGGCAGAUCCCCUUACUUGGCGGGGGAAUCGCCCUCCACGGGAAGAGAGUGACAGAUGACCUGCGUCCUUUCCAUGAGCGCAUGGAGGAGUGCUUCAAACAGCUGAAGAAGAAGGUGGAGAAGGAGUACGGAGUGAGAGAGCUGCCGGACAUGGAUGAGAGAAAGUCCACACGCCCUCGCUCAAUGCUGCGCUCCUUCCGUCAGUCCAUCAUAUCGAUCUCCUCCCUGCAGGGGUCUGAAUGUGGAACUCCAACCAAGGCCCACGCAGACAGGGAAUUCCCCCCUGAGUCUCCAAACUCCUGGAACGCCACCCUGCCUCGCUCCAGUGGCAGCGUCAGCGUAAUCCCAGUGGACGAUGCAGUUGUGACGGUGGGCGACGCGGAGGUCAGACUGAGGAAGAGUAAGAAGAAGAAGAAAAGGAGCAGCAUGAUCUUCAUCACGGAGGAAAGAGAGAGGACGAGCACGCUGGACUGCAAACGGUUGUCCAAAAAACAGGAGUUCCGCAGUGACACCAACUUGUCCGAGCCGAAUGAAGGAAGUGUGACGCUGACCAAUGCCAACUCCAGAUCUCUGCCCGUCAUCGCAGGUCUGUCCUUGUCUGUGGCUGGAGGGGCAGAGGAUGCGGACUCCAAAUCCAAGAGGGACAGUAAGAGCAUGUCUGUGUGUGUGAACGCUGACAGAACAGCAGACAGACGCUCAAAGGGUGUCAUCAACCUGCUCUUCAAGUCCAAGAGCUCCAGAUCAGAGGAGGCAAAGCAGAGUGAUGCGGCCAAAGACAGUGAAAAUCAUUUCUGAAAGCCAUUAUAUCCAUUUUCUAUUUCCUUUUCAGAUUUUUAUGCAUUUGUUUUUACAGAAAAAGGCCUAAACCAGUGUGUAGCCAGAAGCAGAAAUGAUGCACUCACCCACUUGACCUUCCUGUCAGUCUCAGUAUUGCUGUUGCCUUAAUAUAAUUGAUUUCACCUAUCAAUAAAGGCUAUUUUCAUUAAGUGACCUUUUUCUUGGUAAUUUAAAUGAUUCCCAGUAAAGCCAAAUGCCGUCUUACAGCUUUUCAAUCAAUUCUGCUUCUACAAGAACGAGCAAACACAAACAAACUCGGCCAACGCGCCUGAUUAAAAAAGCUUCUUAUUAUACGGUUUUCAGCAUUGUUGCGACCGAAGUUGAUGGGAAAAUAAUAAUUUGAUAAAGCACAAAGGUUACCAUGUCCUCGUGGAGGACUUUAAACUGGAAUCCGCUGCCAAAAGGCUUUGGCACUGAUACAACAAACAAGAAGGACUAAUAGAUUUAAAUCAACAAACUGUGGAGCCUAUUGUAGAACUGCAGCAUCACAGUUGUGUGUACAGAGACUUUAUGCCACGAUGUUUGCUGUUUUUUACAUUCUAAAUACGAUCACUUUAUUCUGUGCAGGAUUUGACUGUUAUUGUUUUGAACUUUCUUUAAAAUUAAAAGAUCUUAAACUUUG